UUACAAGGAAGAAUGAAUAAACAAAAGCAAAGCGAGGGGGUCGAGUGGGAAGGAAGAAAACCGCUCCUAGGCGAACAGUUCCAGAUCCUUCCGCCCCAAUGCCUGCGGCGGAUAAAAGUCGCCGGAUUAUGAACUGUUGAUACGAUCUCGUUUCCCGCGUUAGGUUUCCCUCCGAGGGUCGUCGGUUUUUUCCUUUUCUCACUUCUUCUUCUUCGGUGGUGGAAAGGGAAGCGGCAGGGGAAGAUGAGUUUCGGCGAACUCGUCAGCAUCCAACCUAACGAGCUCAGAUUCCCAUUUGAACUGAAGAAACAGAUCUCGUGCUCUCUCCAGUUGACGAAUCAGACGGAUCAUUAUGUGGCCUUUAAGGUCAAGACGACGAAUCCUAAGAAAUAUUGCGUUCGACCCAACACCGGAGUUGUUUUGCCGCGUUCUACCUGCGAUGUCGUUGUUACAAUGCAAGCCCAACGAGAGGCUCCUCCGGACAUGCAAUGUAAGGACAAAUUCUUGAUCCAGAGUGUCGUCACGACCGAUGGAGCUACUCAGAAGGAUAUUACCCCUGAGAUGUUUAAUAAGGACGCCGGGAAUCACCUUGAGGAAUGUAAAUUGAGGGUUAUGUACGUGUCUCCGCCACAGCCACCAUCGCCGGUUGCAGAGGGAUCGGAAGAAGGUUCCUCACCAAGAGCUUCUUUGUCGGAUAUUGGGAAUGCAGCGGCAUUUGAUAGUGUUCUGCGUGAAGACCUUGAUUCAAAGGACAAGGUCUCGGAGGCACGGGUUGCGAUAUCGCGGCUAACUGAAGAGAAAAGUUCUGUUAUUCAACUAAAUAAUAAACUACAACAAGAGCUGGAGCUAUUGAGAACGCAAAGCAGUAGAGCGGGCGGUGGCAUCCCGUUCCUGUAUGUGGUGAUUGUCGGGUUGCUGGGAAUCCUCAUCGGCUAUCUCAUAAGGAGGACAUGAAAGGAGAUGAAUUUCCAUGGUAGAUCCUGUUGGCAGUCCUUAGAAACGUGAUUGCUGGCUUGGUUGAACUUGAGAAGAGAAAAAAGGAUAAUUAUCCGGCCUUGAUGGACGUCUUUGCUGCGGGCAUUGGUUUAUUCUGUGUAUUGGUCAAUUGUUUGUGUCAGUUUUCUUCCUUUUUCUUCUUUUUCGCUUUUUGUUGUUCAAAAUUUCAAAUUCCCUUCUCUAGUUUCUCUAGUUUGUCCUGGAAAUCGGAAUAUGACCUCCUAUUGUUGAUUGAAGGGCACUUUUUUUUGUAUCGAACUGAAAGAUAUAUUUUUCCCAAAAAAAUAUGAGUUGCGUUCCCAAGUUGUCCAUUA